GUCUUUGAUGGAUCACACCGAGUACCAGAGCUGGACGAGCCGUCCAUGAGGAGGAUCAUCGUGGAAAGUGGUGGCUCGGAGGAGAGGUUCCUGCAGUGGCAAAGGACAGAGGCGGAGAGUGCUUUGAGGGAAGAUCGUGAGCUGGAGGCGGAGCACAGCGUUUGGGCGACGCCUUUCAUUGUGGACCGCGAGUCGAAGGAGGUCUAUAUUGACGGGACCACCUUUCCUCUGCUAGCCUUGCACCUACGCCGACGUGGCUUCGAUGUGCCGGAAGUCCAAGAGGCUCUCGGACCUUCGCCCCCGGUGCGAGCGAGUGGUAACCCGACGCGGCGGAAACGCCUGGACGUGUACGUGGAUCUGAAGAGUCCCUACGCCUACUUGGCCAUUGAGCCGACCUACUCACUGGAGGAUGAUUUCUACGUGGACCUCGUCUGGAAGCCCUUCGUCCUGGACAUUGCAGGGGUCUAUGGCAGUGCAGAGGUGGGGGCGCGAAACAACAAAGUCCGGCAGGGAAGCGACAAGCGGUCCCCUGCACAGUGGAAGGCCGUGAAGUAUUCGUACGCCAACGUCCGCCGCUAUGCCGGCGAGCGCACGCCCAAGCUCACAGUCUUCGGCACACGAAAGAUCUGGGACACACGGUGGGCCUCGUCGGCCCUGCUUUUUGCGGCAGAGGCCGGAUACCUCCGGGAGUUCCAACAGCGCCUUUGGCCUCCCUUUUGGCGGCGGGAGCUGGAUCCGGAGGAUAUGGAGGCUGGCUGUUUUAGGGUUUGGGGCUUUAGAGUUUAG